UACGGGUAAAAGUUAAUUUGUAAACUUCGAGAUUUAUACUUGCCAAUCAUUUUCUGUAUUUUAAAUACUACAUCUAUUUCUUUUUGUCUUCAUAUCACUUAUAACGCCUUCUUUCACUGUCUGUGUACAUCCAUGGAUUAAUCCCAAACCAGCUUUCACUUACUUGACUCUGGCCUUCACUCAGUGGUUACUUAAUUUUUAUUUUGCAAAUUGAAUUGUUUUGUUUUAUAAAUUCACAAUAAAUAUAAGCUGCAUGCAGAAGAAGAACUUUUAUGUUUAGAAAAGAUACUUAACCCAUAAGUAAACAUAAAUUUGGAUUUAUGAAUAUGUGUAUUUCGAUAAAGUGAAGAUUUACCUGAUAAAAAGAAACAACAAACAGUUCAGAGCAGUCUCUUCCAUAAUUCCAGUUCUCAGUUUAUUCGAUCAAGUGAAUUAUUUAUUCCAAUGAGCAAAGUGAAACAAUAUUUUAAAUUUUAUCCAAAAUGCCUAAGGUUAACUAUUAUAAUGAUUAUUUUAUUCAGUUCCUGUUUUCACGAGGAAACAGUUAAAGUCGCUCUAGGCAGCAUGUUAUUUGAAUUCAACAUUUCACAUCACAAUAUAUCAAAACUUUUUCACAUGUUUCCUUGUGAACACUCUCAGGUUAAUUUAGCAGAUCAUAGAUAUAACAGUGUCUACUUUGUUGGGGAAAGUGAAGAAGUUUCACUUUCUAGUAAAGGCUGCAUUACUGUGAAAGUUUGUUUGUUACCAUAUACCAUCUCAUGGGAUCGUGAAGAAAUAGCGAAUUGUAAAUAUCAAUUUACAAACAAACUACAAAUGGAAUCAAAACAUUUGAAUAACACUAUAACCAAUAACAUAUCAUUUGUGUAUAAAGAUAUUUGGCCUGAAAGUUUACUAUUGGUUGUACAACUGAAGAAUUGUUGCACUUUGCGUACUGAAACAGGCAUUUCAGCGUCAGAUUCUUUGUUCUUUUUGCCACUGGGAAGCACAAGUGCUUCAAAGCAGAUACACAAUGGGACGAUGAAAAAAGCGCCGUAUACAAACUUCAGUGUUGAAGCGUCGGAAAAUCAGACAGAUGACUUAAUUGCUUAUUACAGAAUAUUAUGUGACGAUUAUUUUUACGGUGAAAAUUGUAGUAUAUUUUGUAAAGAACAAGAAGGCAUUCAUGGAAAUUAUAAAUGCGAUCAAACAGGUCGUCGUAUUUGUGAAGACGGUUGGAGCGGUGAUACAUGCACUGAUGCUGUAUGCAAACUUGGUUGUCAGCAUGGAAGAUGUAUAAAACCUGAUUACUGUCAUUGUGAUGUUGGCUGGUAUGGAAAGGACUGUAGACAGUGUCGUGUUUAUCCCGGAUGUCUUCAUGGUGGCUGUGAGGUUAACAAGACUGACUCUAUGCUUGUGCCUUUUACUUGUGAAUGUGAAGAUGGAUGGGGUGGAAUGUUAUGUGACAAAGACUUGCGGUAUUGUAGUAAUAAUUUGAAUUUAUGUGAAAACAAUGGCAUAUGUGUAAAUAAUGAAGCCAGUAGUGGGUUGCCGUAUUACUGUGUUUGUCCUCCUGGUUUUAAUGGUGAUCACUGUGAGAUGAUUGAAUAUGACUGUCGGAUUCAUGGUUGUAAUGGACAUGGAGAAUGUCUUGUUAAUAAUAUUGAAUCGGCAUCCUGUUACUGUCACCCCGGUUAUUACGGUAGUCUUUGUCAAUUUAAUCAAACUACAUGUGAUGAAUCUCCAUGUCAGGCGACAGGAUCAGUCUGCAGAAAUCGGGAAAUCACUGAUUUGAGCUUAGCUUUAAAACAUCAGCGUUUUAAAUGCAUCUGUCCACCAGGAUUUUCAGGUUUUAACUGCGAAAUCAACAUCAAUGAAUGUGUUAUGAAGCCUUGCAAGAACGGCGGACUUUGCAAGGAUCUUAUAAAUGGGUAUCAAUGCACCUGUCCGUUUGGUUAUGCAGGAGUUCAGUGUGAUAUCAAAGAACAUGAAUGUAUUAACGAACAAUGUCCUCAAGGCUAUACAUGUCUGACCAAUAACACGAGAUCAGUAUGUGUUUCUUCCAGUUCUUCCAGCCCUGCAGUGCUAGAUUCAUUUGAAGAUCGAGCAAACUCAGUAACCUCGAAUGCGGAAGUUCAAUUGACGUAUUUAAAAUUCUCACAUUUUUCAUUUGGUCUUUCAUCUGUGAUAUAUAUCACAUUUGGAAUUUUCAUAGUGAUCACCCUAAUGAUCGUAAUCAAGUGUUUUUUCAAAUUAACUUUACUGGGACGAAUUCCCAGGUAUGAUAGCGAAGCAGAUGUUGAAUUGAGUUGUGUUCAUAAUUCGGUUGAGAAAUGGAAUAAUAUUUUGUCGAAUCAUUCAAAAUCGACAUGGAAAAGUUGCUACAUAAACAAUAAUUUAUACACGGAACAUUGUAUUAAUACACCACCAUGCAUAAGAAAUGAUUAUCUGUAGAAAGAUUAUUCAAUGUAUGAAUUUAGGAAUUAUGUUAACGAAGAUGACAAGACGGGGGAAGAAUAAUCUCUGGUCAGGUCCAAGGUACCAAAUAUUUUGAUCAGAGCUUUAAAUUAAAUUUGUAAAUAAGUGAUAUUUUUUAUCAGUUAUGUGGACUUUUGAAUUCCUCUAAACAAAAGUCUACUUAACAUAUAAGAUAUCGUAAAAUAUGUAUCAGAGCAUUCGUUUAAUCAC